AGGGAUGGAAGGUUCCGAGAGGGUGACCCACAAGUCCAAAAGAAAAAGGAGCCGUGUGACGUGUGGGCCAGCGUGACGCUGACUCGGCAAAGUCGGGCCGAAGAGUGCGAAGGCAGGAAAGAGUUAAAGUCUUGCGGAGUAGGAGGCGACUUUCUAUUGAUAGUCUCCUCCGUCCCUGCUGCAGUCCAGACCUUAGACCAUGCAGCUGAGGAGGAGCAAACUGGGACUUCUUCUGGACUUGAUGAGGAGGUGAGUUGCAGGUCUCCACAUGCUCGGACGGUCCCACAAGCCCACAUCCUGACACAUAAGCUGAGUGUUGAGCGCUGGCUGAUACUGCCACUGAUCCGAUAUCAGCAGGAGUCCCAAACACCAGAAAAAGGUUUUAACGAGAGAAAUUGGUCAAAAAAGCUCGUCUGUGAUUGGCUGACAAGCUAAAGAUGGCCCACCUCUUCCUGGCCAGUAAGAUGGUGCUGCCUGAAGACGGCGGUCGAGGGAACGCGGGCGGCGUCAAGAUCCCCACCAUGUUCUCCUACGUCAAGCUGGGCGGCGACAAGCCCAGGAAAGACCACGCCGUCGUCACGACGACCUCGGUGCCGCACGUCAACGAGGCCCAACUGAGCGCGGCCACGGGCGGCGCCGAGAUGUCCUGCUACCGCUGCACGGUGCCAUUCGGCGUGGUGGUCCUCAUCGCCGGCGUGGUGGUGACGGCGGUGGCCUACACCUUCAACUCGCACGGCUCCACCAUCUCCGUGCUGGGUCUGGUGCUGCUGGCGGCCGGACUGGGCCUGCUGGCGUCCAGCGCCGUCUGCUGGAGGGUCCGACUGGGCAGGAAGCGGGAGCGGAGAAGGGAGAGCCGGGCCGCCCUUGUGGUCGCUCCGGGGUACUGCCAGGCAUGAGCAGGACUUGGACCAACUGGAACCUUUGGACACCUCACCAGCACGGGUCCGGUUCUGGGCCCACCAUUCCGCUCAGAAUCCAUUCUCCAUUGAAAAACCUCCUUUUAAAAACGCAUUUGAAAAUAUUAGACUUAUAUAUUUUAAAUUCAAUUGUUGAAAGUUAUGAAUCAAUUUAGAAUAGAUUCUCUAUUGAAAAACACAUUUAUAAAAAUAGAUUCUUAGUAGGAAAAUUUUCAUUUUUUAAAAUAUUUUUUCAAAUUGAUUUUUGAAAAUUAUGAUUCGAUUUGCAAUUCCAACACGUCUUUUAAAAAGGUUUUCUUAUUAAAAAUAUAUAAUUACGUUCAUUUUUUUAAAUAUAUAAAUUUAAAAAAGAAAUUACAAACUGAUUUAGAAUCAAUUCUCAAUAAAAAAGUGUGUAAUAAAAAAUAAAACAUUUUUUUCUGAAUCGAUUAUUUAAAAUUUUGAAUCAAUUUACAAGCAAUUCUCGAUUAUAAUAACUUAGAUUUUCUAGACACUUAAAGCGCUCACAGAGAAGAGGGACUUUAAAACGUCUUUUUACAAAUGAUAUCAAAUACAAAAUAUAUUUUUUAAAUUUUUAAAAGUAUUUUGUAACGAUUUUUGAAGAUUAUAAAUUCAUUUUGAAUCGAUUGUUGAUUCAAAAUCGUAUUUUCAAAAACUGAUUCCUCUAAAAAAAGAGCCCUUCAUUAAAUAAUUUUUUUUAGCGAUUUUUGCAAAUUAUUUAGAAAUCUAUUUGAAAAUGUUUAAAAAUGUAUUUUUAUUCAUAUAUAAAUAUUUUUCUUUUCAUGAAUGUGAGUGUGAAUGUUGUCUGUCUAUCUGUGUUGGCCCUGCGAUGAGGUGGCGACUUGUCCAGGGUGUACCCUGCCUUCCGCCCGAUUGUAGCUGAGAUAGGCGCCAGCGCCCCCCGCGACCCCGAAAGGGAAUAAGCGGUAGAAAAUGGAUGGAUGGAUGGAUUUAAAAAAUAUGUUUUGUAUAAAUUUUUACAAAUUAUGAAUCGAUUUAGAAUCAAUUCUUCAUUUAAAAAAGUAUUUUAAAAAAUUGAGUAAUUUGAAAAAUAUAUAUUUUUAAAAUUAUGAAUCGAUUUAGAAGCAAUUCUCGAUUAUAAAAUGUCUUUUUACUAAUGAUAUCAAAUAUAAAAAUAUUUGUUUUUUUGUUUUUUUUUAAAUAAUGAUUUUUGAAGAUUUUCAAGUUGAUUUUGAAUCUAUGGUUGAUUUAAAAAAGUCUUAUAAAAAUGGAUUCCUAUCAAAAAAAAGGCCUUUCUUUAAAUAUUUUAUUCAAUUUUUUUAAUAAUUAAGAAAUCAAUCUGAAAAUGUUUAAAAAAUAUUUUUUAUUAAUGUGUAUGCAUGUGUAUUU